AUGAGUGCCAAUAACAUUGACGUCGACAUGCAGCAUCCUGAGUUUCAGCAAGAAGAUAUACAAACAUCUCAUGAUGCGGAUUUAUUUGGUGAUGAUGAAGAUGAUGAAGACGAUGAUAAGGGUCCUGGCAACUUCAUGGAUGUUCUCAGUCAGCCUCCCACCAGUAUAUCUGGGAAGCAUCACAUUCAGGAAGUUGACUAUUCACAGGUACUUCGCCAGACUGUGUAUGAACAACAAGAACAUAUUAGCAACAUUAUAGAGGAAACUGAAGUGAUAUGCCGAGAAGCUCAAGACCACAUUGAGGAGCAACAAUGUCUUGCAGAAGAAGAGCAUGAGCACCACAUGCACGAUUUCAACAAGCGAUGGGAAAAGGCCCUGAGAGAGCAAGAGCAGGAAAAGCAAGAAAUUCACACAUGGCAAGAGCAGCAGCAAGCACUGCUGAGGAAGAAUGUUGCUGAAGAACUAGCAUGGCACAAAGCAAAAAUAAGUGCAAAAAAAGACCAAGAGCACUUUGCAAGACAUGGUAGGCAACAGCAUGUGGCCACAGAAAUCAGCACAGACCCCACCCAAAGGAAUGCUCAACAACCACCCCACAUGCCCCAGAAACCACAGCUCAAGACUCUGUGCCUCAAGAUGACCAAAAAGAUCAGGAAGGCACGUGGAACAACACGCAAGAUGCAUCUGGUAUCUGUAGUAGAGGAUGCUGACGAGCCUAUGGAAAUACAUCAAGAACGAUCAUCAACAAUUGAGCAAGAGCCACAGUGA